GAUACGCGCAGCACGGAAAAUGUGACCGAGCGUCGUCGUUGAUAUCUCUUGUCACCGAGUUUGUCUCUAUUUCCAUAUUCGUCACUUAAAUGACCGAAAUCUACUCCGAAAGCGAAGUUAUCAGUGGACACGACAUAAAUUUUCGCGAUACGCACUGACUUUAUUCGGCGUUUGUGACAUUUGUGAUCAUCUGAUACACGCGUGUGCUACAAAGACAUCGUGAUGUAAAAAUGUAGAAGAGAAUGCGCUAAUUAAAAUUUAAUCGAGCAAAGAAGUGAUUCAAUACAUGUACAUUUAUUGACAUUGAUCGCAGUGUGCAGCGACAGCAACAAUUUUUCUCGAUUGACAAACGGAUCUUACUAUCGUGAUGAAGCUGCACGAAAAGAAAGAGUCAGGCAUUCACAGGGUGCAGGAAGUACCUCUCGAAGAGCUGGAUCUUUCGAAAGAAUACAAUGUGGAAAAAACUUUGGGCGAGGGUAGUUUUGCGAAGGUUCUAUUGGCAACGCACAGAGCCACUCAGACAAGAGUAGUUUUGAAAGCAGUUCAUCAAGAACUCACGUCGGAAAAGGACUUCUUUCGGGAAUUUCAUUAUUCGUAUCACCUAAGCCCACAUCCAAAUAUACUUUGUUCGUACGCUGUCGCUUUCAAAGCGGAGAAGUGUUUUGUUUUCGCGCAAGAAUACGCUCUCUAUGGCGACCUCGCCGGCAAUGUGAAGGCUGGCGGACUGAACGAAGACGCAUGUAAAAGGAUUGCCGAACAGCUUGCUUCGGCUCUCGAUUUUAUUCAUUCAAAACAGCUAACACAUCGUGACAUAAAACUGGAAAAUGUGCUAGUAUUCGCGCAGGACAUGAGCAAAGUAAAAUUGUGCGAUUUCGGUUGCACAAGGCGCGAAGGUACUCUGGUGAACAAAAUACGAUGCACCUGGGUGCCAUUCCAACCGCCCGAGAUCCACGAAGUCAUCAAGAACGAAAGGUACGCUUGUAAAAGAAGCUCAGAUUGCUGGCAAUUUGGCAUCGUCCUUUUCGUUUGUCUGACCGGCAAUCCGCCGUGGCAAAGCGCCGAUCCAAUCCGAGACCCGGACUACUCCGCUUUCCAGCGAUGGCUAAAGCGACGUACCACCAAGAUUCCGCCUACUUUCCGACGAUUCACACCUAGGCUGCUCCGAUACUUCAGACGAGCAUUCGAGCACAAGCCGGAGAAGAGGCCGCAUGUGACUGAGAUCAACAAGUAUCUAAAGGAUUCAUGGUGCAUCAGUAAGAUCAGUCAUAGCGCGACGUCGACGUCGGUCGACGUGAGCGAGAGUCUCGCCAGGCGAGGUGAUAGCCUACUCUACCUGGAUACUAUUUUGGACGAUCGACACAACGUGGACGAGAACAAAAACAAGCUGAGGAAGCUACUGAAUAGCUAUGGUCUAGAGACCACAGUAGACCAGAAAGUCGUUACCAAGAGGAUAUGGGAGUGGGUGAUGCAGUGUGACUCCAACAUGGACCUAGAGCAGGGUCUAAUCGGUAGCUUCAGUACGGAGGAUAUGUGAGAGAUAGUGAGGACCUGCAGCGAGCCGUGCCUUCGGAUCACCCAGGAGGAGCCGAGUAAGUUCCGAAUGAGCAGCUUCCAUGUAUCGUACAAACGUGCCAAAUAAUCAGCCGAAGCUGUGUAAACGAGAGACGUUUUUUGGGAAGCUUGAAAUAUAUUGAAAUGUAUUCCGCAAAAGAGCGGAACACGGCCUUUUCCCAGCAACGGCCUGUUCCAGGGUGUCGAAAUGCUAUACAUAGGCGGACCAAUUAUCGAUAAACUUCCUUCAUCAAAAAAAUUUAUAUUAUUUAAAUAAAAGCAGAGAUUACAGAGAAAAUUCAAAAAACAAUGAUACUUGUAGGUAACAGAAAUUGGCAUAUUAAAAACGACAACUAUUCAUACAAAUAAAAAGCAACGUAAAUGUUUAAAAAAACGUCACAUAAAGAUGUCUGAAAGACAUUCUAAUCUCUCAAGUAUUCUUCUGACAUCGUUUAGAUAUCCUUUGUAUUUUUAUGUUGUUUUAGGAUUUUGAGAAUAAAAUAAAAUAUGCGUCUCUCAAGAUAUAAAAUAGCAGUUAAGUGUAAAUGUGAUAUGUACGUAUCAUAAGUAUAGAAAGAAUCCGCUUCUUGAUCGAAAGAAGAGCAGUGUCAAGCUGGAAGUUAGCUUGGUGUACUAACUAUAGAGACAAUAAUGCUGGUGCAUACAAUUUUUGCGUUAGUCAGUUCUUCUUUAAAUGAUAAUCUUACAAUUAGUGAUGCCUUAUGCGCGACUAAAACGCGAGAUUAGAAACCUAGACAUAUUUUGCAUAUAAUUCAAAAUCUCCGUUUCAGUUCACAUUACAUAACGGUAUAAUGUCAAUCGUUAGACAAGGAUUAAAAAAGCAAGAAGACUGUAUAAUCCAGGGAUUCCUAAAUUGGAGAUCGUAACUCCAAAUGUAGCGUAGAUUAUGAAAAUAUUUUCGGAAACAAUCCAUUCAAUUAGAUUCGACAAACAAUGAAAAUAUUAACUUUCCACUUUAAACCGAA